AUGGGCACCCCGGGGACGGCCGCGCUCGCGUCCACGCCCGCGCUGGACUCCCUGGACGAGCAGUGGGAGCGCCUAUCCAAGCUCGCGGCGCUCCCGACGCCCGCGUCGAGCGGCGCGCGAGGUAUUCUCCCCGGAGGAGGCGGUCGGCACGGCGCCGGCGUCGGCGGGGCGUUCCACACGCCCACCCCGCGAGGCGGUGGCGGCGGCGGCGGCGGCGGCGGCGUUCACGACCACACGCCACCAGAGACGUCGCCGCUGAGGGACUCUCGAGGCCCGCACGUCGACGCCGUGGACGAUGCGUUCCUCGGGACGGUGACGCGGCGGUUGAUCGAAGCGCGGCGGAUCCCGGGCGACGGUGGUCACCCCCGCGACGCCUCCGCGGCGUCCUCCACGCCGUCGCUCGUCCUCCCGGACGUCGCGCCGACGCAGAAGGAGCGACUCUCGAAGGAGAUCAUCGCCGCGCGGAUGGAGCUGGACGACCUGCGGACGGAGUGCGAGACGCGACGGGCGGAGAUGGACGAGCGCGAGCGCGCGUUGGAUCGCUACCAAAUCGAACUCGCCGAGCGCGAGCGUCUGUACCCGCAGUUAACGUCCGCUGAGCGUGCGUUACGCGAGCGCGAGGACCUCGCCGCGGCCGCGGAAGACGCCGCGAGAGCCGCGGAGGACGCGGUCGCGGAGACCGCCGCGGACGCCGCGCGAAAGCUCGAAGACGCGAAGCGAUGCGAACGCGCCGCGCGCGUCGCCAUGGAAGCGGUGACGACGGAAUCCGCGCGCGUGAAAGAAGACCUCCAGACGCUGGAAGACCGAAGAAAGACCAUCCUCGCCGAGCUCGCGCACAGAGAGAGCGUCGUGGAGAAGCGCGAGAAGGACGCGAGCGCGAAGCUGACGGAGUCGCAGAACGCCGCGGAGCGAGGCGCGACGCGCGUCGCGAGUUUAGUCGACGCCGCCGACCGAGCGCGCGCGCGACGACAAGAGGAAGAGGACGCGUGCGCGCGCGCGGUGCAGAGGAGAGACGCCGCGCGUCUGGAGGAGACCUCCGCGUCGGAGUCGCUCGAGGAGCUGCGAAGGAAGAUUCGAGAGGCGGAGGGGGCGUCCAGGGACGCGGAGAGAGCGCGACGCGAGGUUUCGGACGCGACAAAGGCGCUGACGCGAGAACGAGACGCGACCGAGGCGCGUCUGGAGACUCUGCGCGCCGCGAUCGCGGACGAGCGCCAAACGCGCGAACGCGAGCGCGCGGGCUCGGAGGGCGAGCGCGCCUCGAGACUGGCCGCGAUGGACGCGAAAGAGCGAGAGCUGCAACGGAAAAUCGCCGCGUUCGACGGCGAGCGCGAGCGAAAGACCGCGGAGCUCGAGGCUGAGAAGGCGAGGGUGGCGCGCCAGGCGGCGGAGGUGCAGAGACGCGAGGUCGCGGUCGCGGGCGCGGAGACCGCCGCGGAGCGCGUGCGUGAGCGAGAGAUCGCGCUGGCGCACCGAGAGGCGGAGGUGAAGCUCGCGGAGGAGCAGCGCGAGAAUUUCAAGCGGAACGUCCACCGCGACGCGCUCGCGGCGUCGGACGCGCGCGAGAGCGCUCUCGACGAGCUCGAGAAGACGCUGAAGGCUGAGCGCGGCGCGGUGGAAGCGCGCGAACGCGCGGCGAUGCAGGCUGCGGAGGAGGCGGCGAAGGUCAUCGCGGAAGGGAAGGCGAAGGCGUUGGUGCUAAUGCGCCGCGAAGAGGAGAUCGACCACCGGAAAGAGCGCGCGGACGCGCGCGACACGGCGCACGCGCACCGUGCCGGCGAGCUCGACGCCGCGGCGAGGAAGUGCGACGAGGACGCGUCCGCGGCGUCGAGCGCGGUCGCGGAGGCGGCGGCGGCGACCGCGGCGGCGGACGCGGCGACGAGAAACGCGGCGCGGAGGGAGAGGGACCUCGAGGAGGAGCGGUCGCGCCUCGACGCCAAGGAGCGCGUGCUUCUGAGGUCGCUCGAGGAGCUCGAGCACGAGCGAAAGAAGCUGUCGGACGCGACGCGCGACGCGGAGGCGCGGAGGCGCGCGCUGGAGGAGGCGACGGCGGCGGCGGGGGCGCGAGAGCUCGCGGCGGAGGCGAGGACGAACGCCGCGGAGGCCACGCUCGCGGCCGCCGCGGAGUGGGAGCGCGGGAAGGCGUCCGAGGAGGCUGCGAUCGCGGCCGCGCGCGUCGAGGUGGCGAACGCCGCGAGAGAGGUGGACGCCGCUCGCGCGGAGGCGGCGGCGGAGCUCGAAGCGGCGCGAAAGGCGCGCGCGUCGCUCGCGGGAAUCGAAAAAGCGCUCGAGGAGAGAGAGACAUACCUCGUCGAGAGCUGGCGGCGGCGACGCGAACGCGAGCGCGACGACCCCGGGGGGCUUGUUGGGCUGUUAGAAGACGCGAGCGGCGGCGAGGCGGCCGCGGCGGCGGCGGCGUUCUCGUUGGAGGACGUCGCUUCGCACGCGACGCCUGGAUCUGCGAAACCGCACGUGUGGAUACCGCAAACGCCGACGACGCCGACGACGCCGCAGACCCGCGGCGGCGGCGGCGGCGGACUCGGACUCGGACUUGGACUCGGACUCGGCGGGGUCGCUUCCGCGCCGUCCACGCCGGCGAGCGUCGUCGUCGGCGGCGACGGGCUUGCGCUGACGACGAAUUCGACGGACGUCGACGCCGCGAACGCUCGACUCGCGGAGGCGAUCCGAAGGGAAACCGCGCUGCAGCGGUGGCAGUCCUCUGUCGAACGCGAAGCCGCGCGCGUCCGCGCGGAGACGCGCGCGCUCGCUUCGAGCGUCGCCGCGCACGGCGAGACGAAAGCCGCGGACGCGAGAACGAUAGAGGACGCGCGCAUCGCGGCAACCAACGCGCUGCGCGACGCGACGGAGAAGUCCUCCGCGGUGGACGCCGCGCGAUUUGACCUCGAGAGCCAAAAAGAAAAACUCUCUCGGCUCGUCGCCGCGCUCGGAUCGCGCGAGAGCGACGUCGCGCGCCGCGAAGACGCGCUCGCGACGCGGGAGGCGGCGGAGAGAGAGACGCGCGACGAGCUCGCGCGGACGACCGCGACCGCGACCGCGACCGCGGAGGCGGCGGUUCGGGAGCUCCGAAGGCUCGAGGGCGACGUCGAGACGCGGCGGGCCGAUCUGGAGAAGAUGGACGCGCGUCGAAUUCGCGCCAAAGCGGAGCGCGACGCCGCCGAGGACGACGCCGCGGAUGCGAAAUCCCGCGCGAAGCGCGCGGAGGAGAAAGCGCGACGCGCGGAGCGCGACGCGAUCGACGCAGAGAGAGCCGUCGCGAGCAAACUGCUCGAGGCGGAGCGCGUGUCCGCGGCGAAGGCGGAGGAGGCGAGGGCGCGGGGCGUCGCGGACGGCGACAAAGCGCGUCGAGAGGCGGAGGAGAGAGCCAGGGCGCUCGACGCCGAAAUCGCGGCGCGCGCGAAGAAGAUGGCCGAGGAGGACGCGCGCGUCGCGGCGAGGCUCGAGGAGCUCGAGGCGCUCGAGCGGACGACGCGGCGCGAGAGGGAAGACGCGACGAAAGCGCUCGACGCCGCGCGGCGCGAACACGACGCGUUCAGGCGCGAGGCGAAGACGAAGCUCGACGCCGCCAUCGCGCGCGAGGAGUCCUCGCGUAAAAUGGCCGCCGCCGCGGAGACGAAAUCGCUCGACGCGCGAAACGAGAUGGACUCUGUUCGCGCGCGAAUGGCGGCGCUCACCGCGAGGGAGGAGACCGCCGCGCGGAAGCAGCGCGAGAGCGAGACCCAGCUCGCGGACGCGCUUCGGAGCGUGGAGCACGUGACGCGACGCGAGAGAGACGCGGACGCGAAGGCGGCGGCCGCGGAGAAGACGCUGGCGCGCGUGGAAGCCGUCGCCGCGGAGGCGGAGGCGAAAGUCGCGGCGGCGAAAGAGGAGGAGAUGAAACUCGCGAGGCUGCGCGCGAGCGCGGCGAAGAUGGAAGCCGAGCGCGCGUCCAUCGACCGCGACGCGGAGACGGCGCGCGCGCAGCUCGAGGACGUCGCGCGGCGCGAGAUGGAGGUUCGUUGUCGCGCGGACGCGGCGGAUUCCGCGGCGCGCGACGCCUCCGCCGCGCUCGCGCGAGCGGAAGAGCUGACGCGCGCGUCCGAGGAGGCGGACGCGCGUCGGAAGAGCGAGCUUCUCGAGCUCGAGAGGCGCCUCGAUGCGAAGCGCAUCGCCGCGGACGCGGCGAGGGCCGAGAGCGACGCGCGUCGCGCCGCGUUCGCGGAGGAGACGGAGCGGAAGUUGCGCGAGCUGACGGACCGCGAGAGGGCGCUCACGCGCGAGACGGAGGCGCGGUCCCUCGCUUUCAAUCCCCGCCCGCGACGCCUUUCAACUCCGCUUCUGACGCCUAUGAACGCCACCCCGAUAUCAUCGCUCGUAUGGAACGACCCGGAGGCGUUUUCGGCGGCGAAGAGCGCCGAGAUGGAAACCGCGCGGUCGCAGCUACAGGUCGAGCUGCAAAAGAAGCGAACCGAGGCGAGCGCGAAGCUCGACGCGGAGCUCGCCGCGGACCGCGACGCGCUCGCGCGCGAGAGAGCCGAAACGCGCAUCGCGCAGCGCGACGCCGAGGCGCUGCGGGCGCGCUGCGAGCGCGAGUCUGUCGAGCUCGAGACGCGCGCGAAGGACGCGGACGCGGCGGUUACGGCGUCUAGAGCGCGCGAGGCGAAGACGCUCGCGGACGCGGCGUCCAUUCGCGCGAAGCUUCUCGCCGCGGAGAGCUCGCUCGCGGACGCCAAGACGGUCGAGGCGGAGGCGGAGCGGCGUCUGAAUGACGCGGAGCGCAGGUUUAACGCGUCAGCGGAGGACGCGCGCGCCAACGCGGCGUUAUCCGCGGCGCUCGCGGUGCGAGAGGCGGCGGUCGCGGAGGACGAGGAAAACUUGCGCAUACUCGCGGAGUCGAUCGAGCCGAGAGAGGACGCGGUACGCGCGUCGGAACAGCGCGCCAGGGACGCGCACGACGCGAUCGAGGCGAAGCAGCGCGCGGUCGACGGCGUCGUCGCCGCGACGGAGCGCGCGGCAGCGGCGGUCGCGGAGAAGGAGGCGCGGUGCGACGUCGUGCUCCGACGCGAGGAGGAGGCGACGAAGAGUCGACGAGACGCGGAGGCGUUCGCCGAGUCCGCCGCGACCGACCGACUCGCCGCCGCGAAAGCGCUCGAGGAGACGGAGGCGCGAUGCGACGAGACGCGCGCUCGAGCCGUCGAGCUUAAAGUCGCCGCGGAGGAGGGCGCGGCGCGCGUGGAGGAGAGAGAGCGCUUACUUCGAGACGCCAUCGCGCGCGCGGAGGCGGAGCACGCACGGCUGUCGGAGACGCGCGCGGAGCUUCGCGCGCUCGACCAGCUCGCCGCGGAGUGCGGCGCGCUUCGCGACGAGAAGAGCGCGCUCGCGAGCGCGGUGGAAGCGCUCGAGGCGAAGCGCAUUCGGCUCGUCCGAGAAGCGGAGGCGCUCGCGGUGGAACGCGCGAGGGUGGACGACGACGCGGCCGCCGCGCGCGACGCGAAGACCGCCGCGGAGCGCUGGGAGAUUCGCGCCGAGGCGGCGUCCGCGGAGACGACGCGGCUCUCGGAGCGCAUUCGCGAGCUCGAGAGGCGCGCGGCGGACGCGGACGCGGCGACGACGGCGGCGGAGCGAAGGAAGGAUGAGGCGAUGGCGGUGCUGUCGGCGGCGACGGCGACGGCGGCGGAGGUGUCGGCCAAGGAGAAGAUCGUCGACGCGAAGGAGAGAGAGCUGGCGCAGCGGGAAGCGGACGCGAUCGCGAGGGAGGAGGACCUCACGACGCGCGCGAGGUCCGUCGCCGCGGACGUCGCGAGCGCGGAUCGAAGAGGUGAGAAGUCGAGGGCGGCGGCGGCGGCGGCUGCGGCGGCGGCGCGCGCGCACGCGAAGCGCGAACGCGAGUGGCUCGAGCGCGCCUCCGCGGAGCGCGAGGCGCUGCGCGCGAAAGCGGACGAGCUGGAGACCGCGCGCGUCGCGGCCGUCGCCGCGCGCGCGGCCGCGGACGCCGCGGAGACGGCCGCCGCGCGCGAGCGGCGCCUCCUCGAGCGCGAGCGCGACGAAGCGCGGGAGUUUCGCGUCGAGUCCGAACAGCUCGCGCGAGCGACGGCUGACAAGAAACGGCAUCUCGAGGACACGCUGCGCGUCGCCGAGAUCGAGGCGUCGCGCGUCAGGGCGCGCCGCGCCGAGGUGGAGCGCGACGCCGGGCAGUACGAGGCUCUGCGCCGCGCGCGUCUGGACAGCGACGCGGCGGCGGCGGCGGCGGCGGCGGCGGCGGCAGCGGCGACGGCGGCGAAAGCCGCCGCCGAGCGCGCCGCGGACGAGGCGGACGCGCGCGCGUCGCGCGCGCUGCGCGACUCGGCGAAGAAAUCGAUCGAGCUCGAGGAGCUGCGCGGCGCGGAGCGAACGACGAUCGAGGCGCUGAGAGGCGAGGCGGAGGCGAAGCUCUCGGCGGCGCGCGACGCGCUCGACACCGCGCGGCGGGUGAAGCGCGAGACGACGACGGCGAAGAAGGCGGCGGCGCGCGGCUUGAUGCCGCCGCCGCCGCCGCCGCGGUCCUCGUUGCCGACGCCGAGGGUGCUCAGGAUGGGAGAGACCCCGGCGGGAUCCGAGGCGGGGGACGACGACGACGACGCGGACGCGAACGCGGACGGCGUCGCCGAGAACGCCGCGCUGCAGCGCGACGCUCUCAACCGACUGACGCGCGCGUUGCGAGAAAAGGUGUCGGACGCGAACGCGAAGUUGAUUCGCGCGGAACACUUGGGCGCGGGCCGCGCGCUCGCGACGUCGUCGUCCGGGGGGAAGACGCAGACGCAGACGCGAGGGGAGGACGCGAGCGUCGCGCGGCUGCGCGCGAGGCUGAAGAAGAUCGAGAGCGACGCCGACGCGCUCUUGAAUCUCGCGGCGAUGGAGACGACGCGCGCGGAGGAGACGCCGCGCGAGGGACGCGACGACGACCGCGACGAACGCGAUCUCCCGCCGUCAAGCGAACUCGUCCGGAGGCUCGAGACGCAAGAGACGCGUCUGAGCGAGUGGCACGCGGAUCUGUACGCGUCUCUCGAGGGGUUGUACGCGUCCGCGACGACGACGUCGACGGCGACGCCGUGGAGAUCGAGGCGCGGGUCCGAGGCGCGACGGUCCGCCCCGGGCGCGUCGUCGGCGGAGGAGACGCCGCGCUCGAGCGGCGCGUGGAAGUGA